UUGUUUCAUUUCUGUUUUUGUUUAUUUUUUUUCCUUUCCUAUGGUGCAAAUAAAUAAAUAAAUACAAAUACAAAGCUUUAAUUUGAAAGUACCGCUAACCGGAAAAGCAGUUUAUUCUUUAACUCCGGUGGGCUUGACACCUGUGCACCUUUUCCUACCUCCACAGGCCUCCUCCUCCUCCUCCUCCUCCCCUCCUCUAAACUCACCACCUACAACAAGUUUGACAGCUCAGCUUUUUUUGUGCUCACGCGCAGAGCAGCAGCAGCAGCAACAGUCAGCUCCUCCUGGACUUUUCCCUUUUUCUUCCUCCCAGUUUCUAUCAUUUUUUUGUUGCUAUGUGUGCGUCUUGCGGCUCCUGCUGGCUAUGAGGAAUUUCAUGUGUCCGUAGCUUUGGUCACUUUUUCCCUGUUGGAUCUUUUUGUGGUUGUCGUCGGUAGUUUUUCUUUUUUUUUUUUCUUUUUCUUUAUCGGGCGUUUCGAGAGGAUUAAACAUGUCGAGGAGCGUGGAGGAGGUGAACAAGCUCACUGAAAGUACAUACAAGAGUGUGAUGGACCAGUUCAACCCUGGACUGAGGAAUCUGGUCAACUUGGGCAAGAACUAUGAGAAAUCCGUAUCUGCAAUGAUCCUGGCGGGAAAAUUGUAUUUUGACGCAAUGUCUAAGAUUGGGGAGAACGCUGCAGUGUCUCCUGUCUCCAGAGAACUAGGUGCGGUGCUGUCGGACAUCUCCGAGGUGCACAGGAAGGUUCAUGUGGAGCUGGAGGAGAAUUUUAAGAGGUUCCACAGGGAGAUCAUAUCCGAGCUGGAGAGAAAGACUGACAUGGAUGUCAAAUACAUGACAGCCACGUUUAAGAGGUACCAGAUGGAGCACAAGAUGAAGCAGGACUCUCUGGAGAGGUCCCAGUCGGAGCUGAAGAAGCUGAGGAGGAAGAGCCAAGGCAAGAACGCCAACAAGUACGAGACCAAGGAGAGCGAGUGCCUGGAAACGUUGACCGGCCGUCAGAUGGACAUGCAGCUGUUCCUGGCAGACGGCUGUAAGGAGGCUCUGCUGGAGGAGAAGAGACGCUUCUGUUUCCUGGUGGACAAACACUGCAUGUUCUCCUACCAGUACGCUUCUUUCCACGAGAAGGCAAAGGACAUGCUGAUGGCGAAGCUGAACAGCUGGCAGGACCAGUGCAGCGACGCCUCCGAGAUGCCCGACAGCGUGCUGACGAUGAUCGAGGGGCUGCGCACGCCCAUGUCCAUCACCCCGCUGCCCUCCCCGUCCCCGUCACGGCACAGCGUGAACAUGUCCACUCCUCCGGCUCCUCCUCUGAAGGCUCAGACCAGUCCGCUGGCCAACAUGUUCACCCAGGAGAACAGCACCAGCAGUGGAACCAUCACCACCACCAACAGCAACAGCAUAGAUCACGGGAGCAGCGAGGAGAACAGUCUUGCCCGGUCCGUGUCCGUCGCUACCGGCCUCAACAACAUGGUGAAGAGGCCACGAGUGCGCACCAUCUUCCCCCACACCGCCGGCACCAACAGCACGCUGCUCAGCUUCGACGAGGGAGACGUCAUCGCCCUGCUCAUCCCCGACGAGAGAGACGGCUGGAUGUACGGAGAGCUGGAGAAGAACGCAAAGAGGGGCUGGUUCCCUUCAUCGUACUGCCGGGCUCUCUCCGAGCCUCUCGUGAAUAACAACAGUGUUUCUGCUGCCCCGUACCGCAGCAGGAGUGUGGUCAACCUCCACCAUCAGGACACGGAGACAGACGAGGCGACCAUGGUGCUCCCCCCAGCGGACUACUGUGACGCCCCGCAGCGCAACGCCAUCAAGAACAACACCAGCACCGUCAGCACAAACAACAGCCACCAGCACUCCCCCACGCCCUCCGCAGCCUCCUCCUCCUCGUCUGAUCACACGGCAGCGCAGCCCAACGGCACAUCCAGACCUCCGCCUGCCUACCUCGCAGGAGGGAACCCGUUCGCCACAGUCAGACUACGUCCAACCGUCACCAACGACCGCUCCGCUCCGCAUGUCUGAUCUUCUCCACGUUUCCACAAACCCUCCAUCCAACAUCUCCUCCACCUUCCUGUGUCAUCCACCCGGUACCUGCAGCUUCUCUUUGGUUCUGAUGGAGCCAGACAGAACUGAGGCCGCUGAGAAGAAGAAGAAAAAAAAAAUGCCAUUUGAAUCUUGGACCCCGUCACUGCUGCAAAGUAUUUUGAGAGCGUUUUAUUUUACAGAACAGAUGCUCAUUUAUUUAAGAUAUAUAUAUAUUUUCUAUGUCUAUUUUUGUCCCUCUGUUUGUGGUGGUGAGUUAAAGGACCACAUUCUUCCCUGCACUUGAAAAAACGGAUGAAUAAAACUGGUCAAAGAAAAUACUGCAAUGUAUUUAUGCUGUUGAUGUUGCUUGUUCGUCGCUAAAAUGACUGUUAGAAAUAUUUUUCUGUUGCCAUAGGACAGUAGAAGAAUGUACCAGAGGACCUCUGCAUUUCACCUUCAGGUCCUCAAAUGAUGUUGACUUUUGAUGUGAAGAGAGAAAAAUGCAAACA